GGGGAACCUGGCGGGUGGGCCCGGGGCGAGGAGCGGAGGUGACGGGCCCGGAGCUGCGUGGCGCGAACCCCGAGCGGAGGCUUUCGGUCAGCCGAAGGUGGGCAGCGGGCGAGCAGCGAGCAAGCAGUCCUAGAGGAUCGGGCCCAGCCCGGCGGGCUCCCCGGCAUGUACGCCCCGGGAGGCGCAGGGCUGCCUGGUGGGCGCCGGCGGAGAGGCCCAGGGGGCAGCGCCCUGCCCAAGCAGCCGGAGCGUAGCCUGGCCUCGGCGCUGCCGGGGGCCCUCUCCAUCACUGCCCUGUGCACCGCGCUGGCCGAGCCGGCCUGGCUGCACAUCCAUGGGGGUACCUGCUCUCGCCAGGAGCUGGGAGUGGCCGACGUGCUGGGCUAUGUGGACCCAGACCUGCUGAAAGAUUUCUGCAUGAAUCCCCAAACGGUGCUACUACUGCGUGUCAUUGCUGCCUUUUGCUUCUUGGGGAUCCUGUGCAGCCUCUCUGCCUUUCUUCUUGAUGUCUUUGGGCCCAAGCACCCUGCUCUGAAGAUCACCCGCCGCUAUGCCUUUGCCCACAUCCUCACAGUCCUUCAGUGUGCCACAGUGAUUGGCUUCUGCUAUUGGGCUUCAGAGCUCAUCCUGGCUCAGCAGCAGCAGCACAAGAAGUACCACGGUUCCCAGGUCUAUGUCACCUUUGCUGUCAGCUUCUACUUGGUGGCAGGAGCAGGAGGGGCCUCCAUCCUGGCCACUGCUGCCAACCUUCUGCGCCAUUAUCCCACCGAAGAAGAGGAGCAGGCGCUGGAGCUGCUGUCAGAGAUGGAGGAGAAUGAGCCGUACCCAGCCGAGUAUGAGGUCAUCAAUCAGUUCCAACCACCCCCUGCCUACACGCCGUGACGCGGUGGCUGGGCUCCUCUCGCCAGCGCCCUCUUCGCCUGACCCCGUAUCUUCACUCUCCCCAUAAGCAGAGGAGCUCCCUUCGUAUAGCACUUAGUUCUGAUGUCAGAGUCUUCACCGACUCCUCUAAAUGAGAGAUAUUACAUCUCAGACUUUUCAUCUGUCUCUUCUCUUGAAAAAGGAAACUCAUUCAUUUAAAACCUUGUCCUCUUUCUCUCCCCUCCCCCUCCAACUCCAGGUCUUCUCUGCUCACCAUAGCCACUACCACUGGGGUGAUCAUGCCAGUUUUCUCUCUUUCUGGGUCAUGUUUUUAGGACUCAGAUACUCCUCAUGUGGCUCAGAGCAUUUGCCCCUCCUAGGUAGAUUUGGCAAUGUCUGUGAAAAGAGAUAAUGUGUUCAAUGGCCUCCGGGCAAAGGUGAACGCAUUGGUGCAGAUACUUUUUUCCCACCCCACAGCUAUAGCUUUGGGAACAACUGUAUCUGUCAAUCCACCCAAACCUGUUCCUUCUUUUGAUCCACCCCUAUAUAUGAUGCACACUAUGAUGGAAAUCUUUGCACUUUAGUCUUUGGGUUUCCUCCUCCUUUUUGGCUGCAUUUGGUGGGGAAGGUGAGACACUGGUAGAAAUCAUAAGAGUCUCUCUCUGUGUACCCCUUGGUACAGAGGUGGCAGGAGCUGAGCAGGUAAGAACAGUCAGUGAAGGGCCUGAUGGGAACCUGCCUCUUAUGAGAGUGAGAGCCCACUGGACCAGGUCUCUCCUACCUCUCACCUUUUAAAAUAUGGUGAUUUUUAAGGGGGGAGUGGGAAACUAUCUUUUUAAGUAGGGACAAGAAAGUUGUAAUUUUUCAGAUUUUUAUUCUGGUCCCUUUGGCCUCAACAGUGUUUCAGGCCUGAUCCCCUUAUAAGUCCACCUUCCUUCCUCCUAGUAUCUUUUCCAUCCAAACCCAUCCUUCCACCCUCUCUGUCAUUGUUUCCCCUAUUUUGAGGAGGUUGAGUUAUUACUAGGUGAUACAAGAUACUCUGCCUUUCUCAUGGGGUGCCAAGCACUAAGCAGCUGCAGGGGCCUGGUCAUCAUGAUGCUCCUCAUGACUCAGUGAGGUUGAAUUCAGCCUCACAUCAGGAGCAAUGACAUCAGAAGGCCACAGGACCCCGCCACCGCCACUUUACACAUAGGAACUGAAACCGAUGGGAGACCAGAACUACCUUGGAGACCAGGUCAAUGAAGGAGCUAAGAGCUAAAAUCCUUCAGGGUCAGACAUGGUUACUGGAACUACAGCUUGGGGUGGAGGCACUACAGCUUGCUGCAUGCCCACUCUUCACCCCUUCUUGAAUGUACCACUAGUUUUGCAUUGUACAACUGGUUCUUUCUUGCCCUGCCCCUUACCUUUGGCCACUGCUGGUCGCACAAAGACGUCUUUGGCUCUGGCUGAAUUUAGUAUCCAGAAAUCCAAAGUAUGGAGUGGGGAAAACUCAAGAGUUUCUUCCUUACAGCCCAACUUGUCAGGAAGAUAAUGAAGGCAGCUUUCAGAGUGGAUUACCAAGCUAUUAUCUUUAAUAUAUGGGCGCCUUUGAAAUCAGUGUCCAGAUACUGACCUAAAAAGGAAACAUUCAGAUUGCCUGCCUGCCUGCCUUUUCAUUGCCCAAGGCGUGGGUAGUUCAGAGCAAAGGAUUUUGGGAGCGUCCAGCUCUACUGGGUGUUUGGUUGCAAGAGGAAUGUCAGCUUGUUCCAGCAUUGGGCAUCCCUUCAGCCUGGAAUGAACUGAGGUCAGGCUAAUCAGAACUUGUUUUGAUGAUGAAGAUCAUGUCCUACAUCCAGGCUUUCCAGCUGCCUAGAGUUCCUUACUCUGGUGUUCAAUUGUAAUUACAGUGGUGACUCUCACACUCCAUUGGACUUUUUCUUCUUAUGAAAGAAAAAGUUAAAUAUAAAUAGCCUGUGCAUAAAACAGAGGAACUGUAUUAAGUGUUGUAUUUCUGUCAAGUACUUUCAUUGUUGUUGGCACAUUUCUAGAGAGUGGCCAACUUUCUGUGACCAUCCAUUUUAGAGAAGGCAGCCUGGGAAACCUGGCAUAGAUAGUAUCGGGAUGCCUAAGGAUCCUGGGCGUGAACCUCUUGGACUCUUCCCUGUGGUCUGCUUUUUAUUAAUUUUCCAUUCAUUCUCAUUCUUACUUUGAUACCCAAUACUGAUGGUUUGCCAUGUAAAUUCCGCCCCC